GUUUCUGAAGAGACGCGCCGCCGAUCAGACCGCCCGCGCCGCGCUCGACGCGCGAAUUCACUUCGUCGUCGCACAUGCCCUACAAAUACACUUAACGCGCUCGCAUUAAAUGCGGUGCAUCCAUCAGCCCUGAUUGUCACACAAAAGGCGAAGCAAUUGAGAAAAGCUGAUACUUCCUGGUAUUACCGCAACGACGCAACAACCACAACGAGCGCGGUUUUGAUUCGAUUGUGUCGCGAUGCCGACAACUUGUUUGACUUUCGCGUAGUUUUGUGCCGACGAGUGGGCGUUCCGCAAAACACGAAAUGAACGCGAAAUUUUGGAUCUAUCUGCUUGUUGCGGUCUACAUUCUUGGAGUCGAUGGGUUAAACAUUCGACGCAUACGUAGAUCAACGGUAACGUCUACAACACCAACACCCGAUGACGAUGAUGACGAUUGGGACGAUGAUGACGAGUCAACGGAAAUCGACGACGAUGGUAAAAUCUACAAAAACCCUCGUAACUCUCCAUCGACACUAUGCCCGCGCGACGAAGAACAAGCAACGCUAUUGGGUCAAAAGUGCCUGCGGAAAUGCUCCUCCGAUGAGGACUGCAAAAGUAAGAAGAAGAAAUGUCUCUGCGAUGGCGCUUGUGGCAUGUCUUGCAUUAAGCCAGAUCGUGAAUGCCCCGAACCGGACCAAAUAACUUUCGGCAGCGUGACGGCCAGCGGGCGUUUGUUCGGCGCGCGAACGUCUUACUCCUGCCAGCACGGUUACCACGUCGUUGGCCUGCAAAGUCGUACGUGCCAAGCGGAUGGCCAAUGGGCCGGUACAGCGCCUGCUUGCAAACAGAACAUUUACUGCUUAUCGCCACCGACAAUCGACCACGCACGCCACAAUGCUCUUCCCGAGCAAGUCACCUUCGACCUCGACUCACAGCUGCAGUAUUAUUGCCAUACCGGAUACGUGACGAAUGGAUUUCCGCGCGCGAAAUGUCUGGCAAUCGACGGGCAAGCAUCGUGGUAUGGACCGGAUAUAUCUUGCGAACCGCGUAGCUGUGGCACGCCGAUGGACAUUCCCAACGGUUGGCACGCCGGCGAGUGUUACACGUAUGGGUGUCGCAUCACUUAUCACUGCGCGGAGAAUUUCGAACUUGUUGGGAAGAGCGAACGCUUUUGUCAAGCAGACGGCACGUGGAUUCCCAAGGAUUUACCCACCUGCGUUUUGGUAACUGCGGUGACAUGUUCCCCACCUGAGAAUCCUCGCCACGGCAAAGCGAUUUACACCUCCUGUAGCUACAAUUCCGUGGUCAGCUACGAAUGCAAAUAUGGGUACUAUCUAGCCGGGGAAGCAACUCGCCGAUGCGGAGCGGAUAAGAAAUGGUCCGGCCUACAACCAGUGUGCAAAGAGAUAAACUGCGGACAUCCCGGCAGGCUUUGGAACGGUUGGCUAGAGAAUAUCGAAGGCGGCACGGGCUUGGGCGCCUCCAUUAUCUUCCGCUGCCAUGAAGGUAUGAAACUAGAGGGGAACUCGUCGGCCGUGUGCCAGAUCGACGGCAAAUGGCGCUACCCGCUGCCUAGAUGCUUAGCGCCCUGCGUGGUGCCGCAGGUGUCGCAGGGCAGGAUCACGCUAGAAUCGCGCGCGAACGAGUCAGGCGGGUCGCAGGCGACCGUCGUGCAACACGGCGAGUCGCUGACGGUCGACUGCGACGCGCACUACGAGUUCUUCGGCAGCUACGCACCCGUCACGUGCAACAACGGCACGUGGACGCAGAUGCCCAAUUGUCAACCCGCGCGCUGCAAACAUCUGCCAAAGCUGCCGAAAAAUGGCAUGGUAAUCGCACCCAAAAUGGAGCACGGUAUGAAAGCACGCUACAAGUGUAAAGACGGGUUCGAGCUCAAGGGCUACGAGUUCAUUGAAUGCUCCUACGGGAAUUGGACUGGCGAGAUCCCAGCUUGUCAAGAGGUGUAUUGCCCAUUUCCGGGUUUUGUCGAACAUGGUAAGAUCCUACUAGUUGGCAAUAUGGGUUUGUACGACUACAGACCGUACGUAAAGAAAGUCAUCAACAACAAGCAAAUUAUGUAUGACUGUGAAAAAGGAUACAUUCUUAAUGAAGGCCCACCUGGUGCAACUUGCAUUGGUGGACAUUGGAGUCCCAGAACCCUGCCAAGGUGUGUCAUUGGUCAACAUCCUCGUUUACGUUGGAGUCGUCGCCGUCGUUCAAUUGUCAUGGAGAAAUAUCGCCGAGCAAACAUGCGACAUCACAAAGUCGCCGGAAACGAAGAUUACGCUCAUCCUUCCUACAUUGACGAACUGUUCCAAAUGGACGAGGAUGACGUUAAAUAUUUAAAGGAACACAACGAAUACAUGAAGCGUUUGAAGCGCGCAUUGAAAAGCACGUCAAGUUCCCGAACCGUAAGUCUCAGCCGAAAGGGUUCUUCCGGUUCCUUGAGUUUACGCAGAGGUAACAAAAAACACGAAUGGGAAGAUGAGGACGAGCGUAAAAAGCAAGAGGAAGAAAAUCGUCAAAAGAAGGGAAUGCCAUGUGAGCCACUUUCUAAUGAACCCUACGUCAGCAUUGAAAUAGUCAAACACGGAAAACACGCUAAUAUCACCUAUAGCUCGGGGACUGUAGUCAAAAUGGCGUGUGGAAAAGGGUACGAAUUAAAUCUGCCGGAGAAUAAAACAGCAAAGUGUGUUAGAGGUAAAUGGAAACCGGAGAGACCAGAGUGUACAAUAUUACCCUGUCAUGUACCAGAAAUAGACAACGCCAUAUUCCGAAUGUCGCGAGGAGAGAUCAUCAUGGGUGUAACACCCAGUGUAAUCCACGACGAUGAACCCUUAAAUGAAACAGCGGAAAUCUCCAACAGCGACGUCAUCGAAGUGAGUUGCGAGCGUGGUUACAACUUGCAAGGAAUGAGUGUCCUACGCUGUUGGCAUGGAGAUUGGACAGCAACCACAUUCCCCGAAUGCAACCCAGCCCCGUGCAUAUUGCCAGACAUCAGCCACGGACAAUACUCUUCCGGAUAUCGUGCUGGAUUGACUAUAUCAAACGGAUCUUUUGUGAACUUUCAAUGUGACGAAGAAUACACAAAGUCAACCAGCCAACCCAUCGAAUGUAUUCUUGGAGACUUAUAUCCACGUCGGCCAGCAUGCCGAGACAAUUCUACAUUUCCAAGUCCCGACUCGCCGCACUAUAUGGGCGGCACGGAUAUCAUUAAGGGCGGCGAUAUUACCGAGCUAGAAUAUGGCAGUGCCAAAUCUUGCGGACCGCCAGCAAAGGUGCAAGGGUCACUCAUCUAUCGUAAUGGGGAGCCGCUUGUCGACGACGAACGCAAUUUCCCACACAACACCGAGGUGACGUUCAACUGCAUCGAGAGUAUCAUGGGCGAGAAGAACACGUGGCGCAUCGUGUGCGAAGACGGCAGCUGGAUCGGACGCUCACUGAAUUGUGAAAACGAGGACGGUGGAAAGAAGCACCACGGGAAUAACAACAGCACGUGCCUGUUCCGCAACCAGGAACCCAACGUCAUUUCCUUCUAUAAUGAUCAACACAUCCGCGAGGAUGUUGUGGAAUUUCCCGCAGGAGCGACUCUUGUCAGUCGUUGCAUCGACAUUGGAAAAUAUGCCAUGAUUGGUCCAAACAUAAGACAUUGUAUGGGAGGAGAAUGGGACGGUCCAAAACCAUCCUGCUUCGGGCUCAAUCAAGAAAACGAUUACUCCAUGGAGAAGCCUCCGACUAUUUUGUUCCGCCAUCAAUUAGGUCCAAUUGCCCAGUCCAAUGACGGCAAACUAAUCGUAUACCCAGGCACAAUUUUGCACAUGGAGUGUUUGUGGAUACGCCGCUUUGGCGUGCCAAAGUGGACAGUCAGCCACGAUUACCGAAAGUAUCCGGAGGGCUGGCCCGAAGACCCCGAACGCGAUGCGCAGCUAGAGUAUCGCCUCUCAAUAUUCCACGCGUCCAAAGACGACUCCGGCACGUUUACGUGCGUGACGCCCGCGAGACACACGCACUCCGUGGAGAUCGUGGUCAAGGCAAUUCAUUGUCCGCAAGUCCCACAGCGCCGCGGCCUCUCCGUAAACACGCAGAGCAACAAGAUGAACGCCAAACUGAUUUUCAGCUGCGUGAAUGGUAAUGCGCUCAUCGGCAGUCAUGAACUUCACUGUUUACCUUCUGGCAACUGGAGUGCACCGUUUCCGGUGUGCGAGAGUAUCGAGUGCGGUGAUGUGGCCGGAAGCCUUCCGAGCCACCUGCGUGUGUCUGUCGUAUCCAGGGAGGUCGGGGGCCGUGCGGUGUUCAGCUGCGCUCCCGGGUUUGGACUGCGCGGCUCGCACGAAACCGUUUGCCUGUCGAGCGGCGAGUGGGCCGUUCCAUUUCCGGCCUGCGUAGAGGUCCAGUGUGACAAUCCAGGCUCACCCGAUAAUGGUUAUAUGCAAGGGACCGAACCAUUCAAAGCUGGCGAUGUGGUACAGUUCAAUUGCAACAACGAGUUCAUGAUGGAGGGUCAACCGAUUAUCGCCUGCCAAGAUAAUGGGAGGUGGUCAGGCCCACUGCCGAAAUGUGUUCAGGCAUGUUCAUAUCCGGGCACAACUAUCAGCGGCCGGAUGUCCUUGGUGAAGUUCUACUACAAGAUCGGCGAGAACAUUACGUUCACGUGCGACGAGGCGUACAGCCUCAAGGGCGCCGCGAUGCUCAAGUGCCUACGCAACGGCAAGUGGUCCAACGCAAUACCUAACUGCGUGGCGGAUGACGCUAGCCUGAUCGGCCGAUGAAGGAAGAAAAGAAGUCACGCAUGUCCAUACAACAAAAAAACGUCCGCACAUAUCCUACACUAUUAGAUAUAACUACUGAAUUUUAAAAGUAAACGCAACGCACGUGUGUUUUAGCAUCAAUCAGAUGAGCAAUGCAAUGCAAUCAAUCACAAUAUUCACGAAUUUAUUCCGCGGACGCAGAAAGAGGUAAACCACACAAACACCGUACACGCGUACAGUACACGCUUUAUAAACUUAGAAUUUAGAUUAACUGUAUAGAUAAUGGUAUAUUAUUUGCCUAACGAUAUUGAUUUUCUGGCCUCGAAUAUUGAGACGUUAAAAGAGGCGGACACGGCUACACGAGAGCAGGAGGAGGUGGAAAGAGAGGAGGAAUAUUAUUAUUAUAUCUACUAAUCGAUUAUGCGAUUCUAGCAAUAGAGAUUUUAUAUUUUCACGUUUUCAAUAAUUGAUAUUAAUACUAUCAUCAUGUCCUAUCGUGUGUAAUAUGUAAUUAUUGUUUAUAUAUUGCAUAAAUCGUUGUUAAUUGCAAA